CAAUAAGGUCCUUUCUGUCUGUAACAUGGCAGAAGCCACAUGUUCGUGGUAAACAUCGCUGCUGAACUGUAGUGUCUAAAAGCUGUUUUCACGAUGGAGUCGGUAUCAAACACGCCGGCGGAGGUGAGCGCUACUAUGGACUGUGAGGGAAACGCGGACGCGUUUGAGAAAGUCAGAUCAAAGAAGAGUCACAAACGGAAGCGGGACGCGGCUGAAGUGGACAUGCAGCCCGAGGAGACCGUAGCGGCCAAGAGACCGCAGUUCCCGGCUUUAUCAGGAGCCCAGCUCACGGGAGGCGCAGUUGAGAUGCGGAAGGUGCCUGUUCCCGCUCACCGUUACAGUCCUCUGAAAGAAAACUGGAUGAGGAUUUUCACCCCCAUCGUGGAACAUCUGCAGCUCCAAGUGCGAUUCAAUCUCAAAACCAGGAACGUGGAGAUUAAAACGUGCAGAGAAACGAGUGACAUCGGUGCUCUGACCAGAGCUGCUGACUUUGUGAAGGCCUUUGUUUUAGGCUUUCAGGUGGAGGAUGCUCUGGCUCUGAUCAGAUUAGAUGAACUGUUUCUGGAAACGUUUGAUGUCACAGACGUUAAACCUCUGAAGGGAGAUCACAGCUGCUUCUUUCUUUCUAUACAGGAAGGUUCAUAUUUUGGGAUCUUUCCAGAAUAUCAAAAUGGCACGAACGGCAAUCUGCAACCUCAUUCUCGGAAGUCCUCCAUCAAAGGUGUAUGGCAACAUUCGGGCGGUGGCGAGCCGCGCAGCCGAGAGGUUUUAACACACAGCUCAUGGACUGAUGCAGAAAUAAUGAUUUACAUUAUUAGUGCCAUAUUGGCUUGUAUAUGUGUAUGAAUGAUAUGGUGACUGAUGUGAGCACCGGUGGACGGCCGAUUCCUCAAGCAGUGGCGCUUCAGAUAAUAAACACUUCGUUAAUGGAAAUCA